AUGUGCCACACCAGCUGUUCCUCAGCCUGCCAGUCGGCCUGCCCCGGGACCCUGGGCUGCGCCCCAUCCACCUCCUGUGGGGGCGCCUGCUACCGCCCAGUGUCCUGCACGACUCCGCUGUGCCGGCCCGUGUGCAGUGCGGCCAGUUCCUGCCAGUCGCCCUUGUGCCUCCCUGUGAGCUGCCAGCCCGUGUGUGUGACCCCUUCCUGUCAGCCCUCCUGUUGUGUGCCUGUGAGCUGCAAGCCCACCGUGUGCGUGGCCCCCUCCUGCCAGUCCUCCCUCUGCUGCCAGCCCUCCCGCCCCACCCUCAUCUGCAGACCUGUCUCCUGUAGCACUCCUGCCUGCUGCUAG